AUGCUGAACCCCAUGGGCCGCGCCCAUAUGGGCUACAUGCAAGCAAACCAGUCUGUCCUAGAGGAAGAGGAGAACGAAACGGAGCGGGAACGGGAUGACGAUGACUUGGAGGCAGGCCGCAGGACAUCUGCUGCUCGGAAAGCGCAUGGCAAGAGGCGCGUGUCCUGGGGCGCCGAUGCGUCUGAAAUGAACGUGCUACGUCCGAAUAUACGGCAGAACGAUAAGAUUGACGAGCAGAGAGCGAGUGACGACGAUGACGAGGUGCCCCAGGAUUUCCUGAUCGAGGCGGCGGGUACGCCGCCCGGUGGGCGAAGGAGCUCGCAGCAUGGGAAGGGAAAGGCAAGGGACCCGGCGACCGCGAGGCCGCCUUUGUCGUCGUUUCCGCCGCAGAGGGCUACGCCGGUGAGCCAGCCACACAGGAGUGAUCCACCGGUCCCUGCUGUGUCCAUCCCACCCCGUCCGUCCGAGACGACCCCGGAGGAGACGUUUGACCCCCCGCAGUCACCACCUCCGCGAGAACCGAGGCCGAUGCGCGGGCUGGAUGCGUACGAACGGGCGUUGUGGAACUGGGUGAACGUGUACAAUCUGGACGCAUUCCUGCAGGAGGUGUACGCGUACUACGAGGGGAAGGGGAUAUACUGUAUUGCCCUGGAGCGGGGGCUGAACCUCCUCACAGUAGGGUUCGUUAUAGCGUUCUCGACGUUCCUCCUGGGAUGCGUGGACUACUCUAGGAUCAAGCCAGAGGGUAUCACCCGCCUGUCUGACGUGGUGGUAGACCGCUGUGUAUCUAGAUUUUCCGGCUUUACCUUCUUGUUCUUCCUGCUGUUCAGCGCAUUUUACUGCUGGCAAGUCGUCUCGUACGUGAUGGACGUCGUCCGCCUCGUCGACAUGUACAACUUUUAUACCCAUCUCCUACGAAUACCCGACGAAGACAUCCAGACGAUCUCAUGGCCCGAAAUCGUGCGCCGCAUAGGAGGCAUCAGGGACGAGAACCCCCUUACUGCUAUAUCCUCCAAGUCCUCUGCCCAGACGGCGGCCAAGCUCGACGCGCACACCAUCGCCAACCGUAUCAUGCGGCAAGAGAAUUACCUGAUCGCCUUGUUUAAUAAGGAGCUAUUGGACUUGCGAGUGCCGCUUCCUUCGGCGCUGAAGCGGUUCGUGCCGCCGGAGCAGGGAAAAGGACGGACACUUACUCGGGCUUUGGAGUGGAAUCUGCGGUUUAGUCUCAUGGAGUACUUGUUUGAUCCUAGCGGCAGAGUCAGGAAAGUGUUCUUGAAGAGCAAGAACCGGGAAGUGCUGAUCCAAGGCUUGCGAAGACGACUCAUUUUUAUGGGCAUUUUGAAUGCUGUUUUUGCGCCGUUCAUAGUCCUCUAUCUAUUGAUGUACUCGUUCUUCCGAUACUUCGAGGAAUAUCACAAGAAUCCUUCGACUAUCGGUGGUCGCCGAUACACGCCUUUCGCGGAGUGGAAGUUCCGAGAGUUCAAUGAGUUGCCUCAUAUAUUCCAGCGUAGAUUGGAUGAGUCCUACCCGGUGGCAAGCAUGUACAUCGGGCAGUUCCCGAACGAGAAGAUAGCCCUCAUUAUGCGAUUCGUCGCGUUUAUUGCUGGGUCUUUCGCCGCUGUCCUCAUUCUCGCAUCGGUUAUCGAUCCCGAUCUGUUUCUCGGGUUCGAAGUGACCCCGCACCGGACGGUCCUUUUCUACAUCGGUCUCUUCGGGUCCGUACUCGCCGUAGCCAGGGGCAUGAUUCCGGCAGAGAACUUUGUGUUCGAUCCGGAGGCGUUGAUGACCGAGGUAGUCCAGUACACGCAUUAUAUGCCGGAUCAUUGGAAGAAUCAGCUGCAUUCAAAGAAGGUGCACCAGGAAUUCGGGGAACUGUUCGCGUUGAAGAUCGUUAUUUUCGCAAAGGAGCUGCUGUCGGUCGUCUUGACUCCAUUUAUCCUCUGGUUUUCACUGCCGGACUGUGCCCCAGAGAUCAUCGACUUCUUCCGCACUUUCACGAUCCACGUGGAUGGCAUUGGCUAUAUCUGUAGCUUUGCACAAUUUAACUUCGAAAAGCACGGAAAUGUCAAGUUCGGAGCACCGUCCAAGGUGAACGAUGAGCGACUGAUGUCCAAAGAUGGCAAGAUGGAGAAGAGCUUCCUGAACUUCAAGGCUGCGAAUCCGACCUGGAAUCCUGCGGACCCUUCAGGCUCGAUGUACCUUAGUCGAAUGGCUGACUAUCGAGCCAAUCAGCUUGGCCCCUUGAACCGGCGGAGACAGCCGUGGCUUGGGGCGUCGAUAGCUCUUGAUGCAACUGUCCACAUGUCGAAGGACCACAAACCCGAUCUCGCAGCCCGAGCACAGGAAUACGACCGAGCUCUUCUGCAGAGUCAGGCACUUGCGCGGCAAAGACACGGGUCGACAGUCCUUGCUGGUGCAGGGAGCACGGUGGACCAAGGACAAGGCCCAUCGUCAUCGUCUAUAUUCCGAUCGGGGAUUGCUGGGAUGGAGACGGCGCAGACGAUGGUGCUGGGUGAUUCCCAGGGCAGUCGGGUUCUCAGUCCGCCUGUCAAGGAGACUGACGAUAUUCACGAGGAGGACUUGGCUCCGGACGGAGGCGUUGGAAGCGGUUUGGGCGGGUCCUAUGUGGAUGGGGCCGUGAACGCGCAGCGAACUCGGCCCUAUGCGUCCGGAUCGCAGUCGCAGGAGCGUCAGGAGGAGGAGGAUGGGUUAGAGGACGCAGGGGUCCUUGGGCUGCUAGCUCAGAUUUACGGGACGAGAGUAGCGGGGCCUGGCAGGGUGAUAUGA